CUGAAAGCUCUGAUAUCAUCUUUUCACCUGCACACAAAUAAAGAACAAGUGUCACUGGACCUGUCAUCGUAUAAAAGGUAAGCAUGGGUGACUGGGGAUUCCUCUCCAAGCUUUUAGACAAAGUGCAGUCUCACUCAACCAAUAUUGGGAAAGUGUGGCUGACGGUUCUGCUGAUCUUCAGAAUAAUGGUUCUUGGAGCUGGACUGGACAAAGUCUGGGGAGAUGAACAGUCCAGUAUGGUCUGCAACAUCAACACUCCUGGUUGCUUGAACGCGUGCUACGACCACGUCUUCCCCAUUUCCCACAUGCGAUUCUGGGUGCUCCAAAUCAUCUUUGUGGCCACGCCAAAUCUGGUCUACCUCGGCUACGUUCUGCACGUCAUCCACAAGGAAAACAAACUGAGGCAGCAUUUACAAAACCAGGCAGAGAAACGUGGGGUAAAACUGCCCAAAUACACUGAUGACAACGGGAAGAUUUAUUACAAAGGGAGCCUGCUUGGUUGCUAUAUGUUGAGUCUCAUUGUCACCAUUUUGUUUGAAGCAGGGUUCAUUGUGGCCCAGUACUAUUUAAUUGGCCUUUGGAUGGCCACACAGCUAGAAUGUAAGGUAGAUCCUUGCCCUGCAAUUGGUCUGCAUUGUUUUACAUCCCGCCCAACUGAAAAGACCGUCUUCAUUGUCUUCAUGCUCAUUGUGGCGUGUGUGUCUUUAGUUUUAAAUCUAGGAGAGAUAUUCUAUCUGAUGGGUCGUAGAGGCGAACACAAGAGGAGGACAUCUGCAGUGGCUGAGAUGCAGAAAUUAACCCCCACUGAGACAUUUUGCUGAAUGAAACUGUCUGAAAUGACAUCUUAUUUCCCUUAAAGCUUACUGUAACUACUAACUUUGCAAUGU